CCGUUAGCAUGAGAGUGCACCUUCAGAGGUUCCUUGAUCUCGCAGUAUAGCCCCAUGGAGCCGUUGUCGUCUUUUGCUUUAUUUGUGGGUGUGUUUUUCUAGCAUACAGAAGGGUUAUUCGUUGGUGGGCUUGACGUAUUCCAAAUCAAUUUUCAUAGAUACUGUGAGGUUGGCAGUGGGCGUAUUGCACCACUAGAGGGCAGUUGUUCCAAGUCAGAGCAUUCUCCACAAAUGCUCAUCUGCCUUUUUAGCAGGCUCUUGCCUGUUCUCUCUGUCUUGCCUGGAAUGCUGCUUGUGUAGAGUUGAUUCGUUCGUCCUGGUGAAGCUUACUCCUCAGUGGAGAAGAGACAAUACGAAAACAUGGGGACAGUCAGGUAGAGCACAGAGAAAUACAGUAGCGAAGGAGGGAAAGGAUAUAGGAACAGGAGAGCUGGCGUCUUAAGAGAGCAAGCAAUUGGAGGAGACAAGAGUGCAAGCCCUGCAAAGACUUAGGCAGCUGCUAAAAGUGGGAACAGCCAGUGCACACGCAGGUCCACCCUGACCUUUUCUUCUUUCGUUCUUUGAAUUUAUCCUUAUGCAAUCUCAGUCUCUCUCCCUCCCUCCCCUCCUCCUUCUCCUCCCCUCUCACCCUCCCUCCUCCCUCCCCCCCCUCUCUCUCUCACACACACACACACACACAUAUGCACAUUGGUUGGGGUCUUGUCAUGUAACCUGAGGCUGGCCUCCACCACACCUAGCUUCUGAUAUAUUUAAGGAGCAGCAAGAAACCGGGGCAAAUGGCCGAGGAAGGCUAGUCAUAGUAGUGGAGGCAAGGAGGUAGGGGCAGGGGGACAGAACAGGAAGCCAUUUUCAGGAGGUGGAUUCUGAUGAAAUGGCUGACUCUGGCUGUAAGUUAGGGAGAGUCAUGAUGGAACAGAGCCUACCGUCACAACACCUAGGGUUGCUUCUGAAAGAAACUGUCUGCGCUCUGAUUGCUUGCUCUGUGGAAAGCCCUUUUAGGGCACCCUCUUCAUAUAAGCACCUGCCAUCUACCCAUGAGUCACCUUGAGAAACAUGCCACCAUCAGGAACAGAACCCACACCAAGCCUAGUGACUCAGAGUCUUCCACCCAUCCAGAACAAGGAAGAGACAGAAGUACCAGAUGCCUGAUCCAGCCCUUGGAGGAGCUUCCCUAAGCACAAAGCUGGCAGCUGGUGCUUUCCUCAUCAGGGAACUUCUGCCCUCUGCUGGUCGAGAGAGAGGAAACAGCUCAGUGCCACCUUGAAAUCCUGGAAGAGACCAAGGCUAACCCUUUUCCCGUGCUGUCUGUUGAAGCUGAUGUAUCAAUGCUUCCAUUCCCUGAACUGACAAAGUUUCCUUUAUGAAGCAGAUUUAAGCGUCAGCUUGCUCAGGUCGUUUCUCCAUUGCCUGUCUCUUCGGAUUCAUCGCCACUAUGCGUCAUGCUUCAGGUUUAGGUCCUGCUGGGAGAAUGUCAGAUGAAUUUUUGUUGGCAUAUGUGAGCAACAUAAAAGCUGGCCCUGCUCCUCAAGGCUGGCUAGGCUCUGGCCCUCGGAGUAACCUAAGUGCGCCACCAGCUGUGCUGUCUGGACUCCCACUAAGUUCAGCACCCUCUGCUUUGCCUUUUCGACCAGCACCAACAGGAAUAUAUCCCUCCAUUCCUCCAACUGGACCACCACCAGGAACCCCAGCAUCCUUUCUUCCUCCUGGACCCUCAUGUCCCCAACCUAGUGGUCCUUAUCCAGCCCCUGCUAUACGGGGCCCUGGUCCCACAGGGCCAUAUGCUACACCAAAUAUGCCCUUUCCAGAGCUACCUAAGCCAUAUGGUGCACCCCCAGAUCCAGCUGCAGCUGGUUCUUUAGGUCCACGGGGAUCUGUGUCUUCUGGACUUUGGGCAUCAGGAAUGGGAGGGCAGCAUCCCACAGCUCUUCCUCCAGUGUCAGGAGCACUGCCUGUUCCAUGGGGUACUGUGCCACCGGAAGCCUGGGGACCACCAGCACCAUAUACUGCCCCUGCAGGAUCAUAUCCCACACCAGGACCCUGUUCUACUCCAAAUAAUCCAUACCGAGUACCUUCAGGACCUUCUGAUACUCCGCCAGUGCCUGGUGGCCCCGAUAAAACGAGCGAAGUGCCAGGUGGCUCUUCCCGUCCUGAGGCAUCCAACCAGGAGAGCACCCCAGAGACCCCUGGACAAACGAAGCAACCGAAGGUAGAUGACAAACUCAUCAAGAGGAGGCGUCCUAAGAAGAAGAGUAAGCCAGUAACUUGGGGAGACAUCAAGACUUUAACUCAUGAAGCUGAGACCUUGGGGAAACAACAAGGGCACAAUACUACUGACCCCAAAAUGAUGCUGUUAUGUUUAAUGACUAUAUUACAUGUUAAUUCUCAGCGUAGCAAUGCAGAAUCAAAGUGAUUUUUGUCAGUGGGGAUAAAAGGCACACCUGUAACACCUGUAAUAAACAGUAUGAUGUUGUUUUGCCAAAACAAAAAGACAAAAAAAAAAAA